AUGACCAACACGGCAGGAAUCCAUUCCGGACGGUGGCUGUCCACGACAGUAGGCAGCACAACGACAUCUCAACCACUUCAACUGUAUCUUGCAAGGCCUAUUCCCUUCCCUGUAGGACCGCUCGCUGCAAAUUCUCAAACAACCCGCAAUUACCCGGGCGGCACCAACACAUAUUACAACGGCUGGUCCGACACCGCGCACGCCACCGUCUUAGAUCUUUCGUCACAGUAUGGGAUUCAAUGGAGGAUCUUCGACCAAGUGCAGUCGACGUUGUGGGUCACUGCCAACUUCUGGUUCACGAACACCCCCUUAGGAGUCACUGCUGUGACGCAAAACCAAUGGAGCACCAACUCGCGAAACAGCGAUACUGCGCCCCUCUCAUUCCCAGCCAGCAAUCUGCCCGGAUACACGCUCGCGCCGUUCUGGACGUACGGGCAUAUCCUUGGGGCCUCACAGCAGGGCAUAUACUACCAAGUCGACCUCAUCUCGGCUGGCCGCUAUGGCAUCUCGAUUGAAUGGUUCUUCAGCCACUACGGCCAGGACAACAACGUCUUCCACGCCGUCAUGACCUACGAUACAGGCGUUCCGGGAGUGUGGAGCACGUACUUUUUCCUAGCAGGCGCGUCCUCGGGCCAGUACGAGGACCAGGGCCUCCGACAAACCGUCGGCGGUCAGGGUGGCCCGAACAGUGCCACACAGUAUUUCACCUACUGCGCCGGACAGCAAGACUGCGUCUCGCCCGGGGCGAAGAUGACCAUGGACACGACAAAAGUCGACGUCUCUCAGGUCAUGAAUUACACUGCCGGCCUGUUCAACCCCGCCAGUUAUGGCGUGGGCACUUGGACGUGGCAAACCAAGCCGUGUUGCUGA